CCGAGCUCAGCAACACACUGCGUGCUAUGGCUUUGCACAUGUUAGCUUAAUGGACUUAUUGUCACAAAGAAACAACCCCCCCCCACCACCACCACCACAAAAGGAAAAAGCUCAUACUAAGAAAACUUUUCGACGCUCUGUGAGGAAGUGAGAAUGACUAGGGCUUGUUUAAUAUCCCUAAACUGAUGCUCAGUGUGCGGUUUGACCAGAAAAAAAAAAGUGCGCGGAGGAAUAAAAAAAAGCAACACGUAUCCGGUGGGAUUCCAGAAAGAGAGAGAGAAUAGUGGGAGAGAGAGGAACAAACAAGUGGGGAGCAGAAGUACACGAAUCGCCGUGCUUGGAGGAAUUGUACAGGAGAGAGAUUUUGUUUUUGUUUUGUUUCCAGCAACGCUCAUUUGUCAAAGGAAUUAUGAGGAACGUUUGGAUAAUCUUUUCUGUCGUCCUGGCGUCCUUUAUUACGGGGGAAAGGAUAUUGGCUUCAGCACAAGAAGUCAAAACAGCAGAUGAUAAAGAUUUGUACCUUGAUGAUGGCAUGUCAGGAGAUUAUCCUGUAGAUGAUGACGAUUUUAAUUCUGGAUCAGGCUCAGGUGAUGUACCAGAGGAGACCAUCACUGUGAAAACACUUUACGUUGUUCCAAAUGCAGAGCCAACCAGGGACUCAACUAAAGAGUUUACACCAAAAGUUGAAACAUCAACAUCCAGAAUUAUUCCCAAAAAGCCUGCAAGGACAGAGUCCACAGCUGUUUUCUCUGAAGGAGAAGAGAACACAAAUGAUUUAACCAGCACAACUAGUGGACCUCCAAAGAAACCCAGCAGAGGGUCGAAUGCAGAUGUAUCAGCAGAGAUACGCUCCGAAAACCUCUUCCAGAGAACAGAAGUAUUGGCAGCUGUAAUUGCUGGUGGAGUCAUUGGAUUUCUAUUUGCAAUUUUCCUGAUUUUACUUCUGGUGUACCGCAUGAGGAAGAAGGACGAGGGCAGCUAUGAUCUUGGAGAGCGCAAGCCAUCGAGUGCUGCUUACCAGAAGGCACCAACAAAGGAGUUUUAUGCAUAAACCUUAAAAAAAGCAUCUCUGAUGGAGACAAAGAACUUUUUAAAGAAAUAAAAAAAGCUUUUGCAUAGAGUAUUGAAGACCUCUUUUUUUCUUUUAAGGAAAGCCAGCCAAGGCUAUUUUCUGGCAAAUCCCAAUGUAUUUAAACAUUUCUUGUAUUCAUUGAAAAGGCUGAUAGAAGUAAAAAAACACUUUUAGUUUGUGGAGGUGAGAAACAAAUGACAUCUUUUACAGAUGUCAUUUCAUAUCACUGACUAGUUUUUAAUUGCAGCAGAACGUAUUUGUAAAAAUAAUACGUGGAAAUAUUUGUCCUUUAUCUUUACUAUUUUCUUUUUAAAUUUGUCAUAGCAUGUCUGAGGUUGAUCUUACAAGAUGUAUUUCAUUAAUUUAUCUGUUUCAAAUGUUAAAAUUGCCUUUCUAUAGUUUUCACGGUGCAAUUUUGUCUUCAUAUUAAUUCAGAUAAUGGUAAAUGUAAAUUUGUUAUCUUUCAGGUUAUGAAGUUUAAUGUAUUGUCUUUUUCGUUCAUAUAAAACUUAGAACAAGUUGGAGAUUUUUUUUCUUAAUGUAGCUUCAGACAGUUGUAAAAGCAGCAUCUUUGUACAAAGAAUUUGGUGUUAAAGGUAGAAGUGCAUGAUCAAAAAGUUAAAUUGUCUUCUCAUAUACUUUUUGUUCCAAUUCUUCACAUUUACAAUGUUUUUACAUUUUAAUUUUUUAAUACAACAGGGGUCUCUCCUGGUGUGGAUUCACUGACCAUUGUUUGUCAAUGUCCAGAACAUUAAAAAAUUGGAAGACCCUUUUAAAAAACUCACUUUUACUAAUAAGACUUGUUUUAUUGUAAAGCUAGCCACACAUUUAUUUUUAAUGAGCUAGCUUUGGUUUCUUGCAAAUAAGUAAAAUAUGAACAUGAGAAAUUGCACCAGUGCACAAAAUUUAAUUGCUGCUGUAGAAUUCAGAAUUACCAUGGGCACUUUCACAUUUAUUUCAAUGACAUCGUACACUUCAUUAGCGUUGCAGAAAUAAGUAUUCACACCCUUUAUCAUCAAUUUAACUUGAUGUAGAGUAGAAAACCCCUGGUUUGGAUGAAUGAGUAAUUCAGGAACUAGACAAAUAUUUAUUUUUUUUCAAAUAAAAGCUUAAUAUACUGCUCAGUACACUUAGUAAGUUAGUGAAUAACAUUGGAGGGUGCCAACACUUACAUCUGUGACUUUACGUGUAGAACUGCAGUCAUACGGUUCUUUGUAAGCUAAUGUAUUACAGUUAAACCAGUGAUGGAAUCCCACUGCUGUUGUAAAAAUGUAAUACACAUGAGAAAUGCCUGAAUAUAUAGAGUCUUUGAAACUGAGCUUAGGAAAUUGGAUAGGCAAACUAGAACAUGAAAACAUUCAUCACACUGUGGAUUGAAAAAUAUUUUUUUUUUGUCUCCUGCAGUUUCUGCCUUUAACUGAAUAGUUAAAUAGUUGUCCAUGAUACACUAAUCUUUUCAGUGGAGGGUCUGAUAGAAGCUACUGACGAGCCUAAGCAAACCCAAAGACUUUUUAACAGUAUUCUCGAAGUUGCUGCAGAUUACUAUGGCCACGGUUCUUUUUCCCCCCAUUCUGAGGUUUUUGAUUAGAGAUCAGACCAUUUUGAAUCCAACUGCUUAAUAGUAUAUGUAAGAAAUAUAUAUUCACAAAAUGUUUAAGCCUUUGAAGUGCCUACCAUUCUGAGUUGUGCUUGUACCUGUCUGGAAUGGAAGAUUUCUGUAUUACGGUGUAAGCUGGUAUUUUAUAAGCACAGGCAACUGUAAUGGUACCUUUUUUUUUUAGUCUUAUGAAGCAGACAGUAUUGUAUCUAUAAUUUCAAACACACUACUGAAUAAACAUUGUGGCCUAUAAUUGAAAUGAA